ACGUAGAUGAACAGUCAGCAUUCUUUCUCUACCGGGGCCGGUAGCUGCCACAUCUUAGCCUCCGUGGUUCUGCUGUUUUACAAAAAAAAAACCUCACGGGUUUUAACACGAUUUUCUGAGCUCUCUUUUCUGUCUCUAUUUUUUUUUUCUCUUGGUCUACCAAGGCAACAAUUACGCUGACGUUCCGUUUGUAAAGGUCGCUCUUUCCUGCCCCACUCCUAGACCUUUAUUCUUUUCAGAUAUUCUUUGUUAAGCCGCCAAAGUGGAGAGUGUCGUUGCACCAGGGGGUCCUUCUCGUUUCAGUGUAGGGGGAGGAGGUGGGGGUGCACCUCAGCACUGUCCCAAGACUGUCGGCAACAGCGAGUUCCUGGGGAAAACCCCAGGUUCUAGCGUUCAGAGAUGGGUACCUUCUCGAAGCACUAGACGAGAUGCCAACUCCUCCAUUGACAAAGGGCAAAAUGAUGCAAUCUUCAGGAAAGUGAGAGGCAUACUUAAUAAGCUGACUCCUGAGAAGUUUGACAAACUAUGCCUGGAGCUCCUCAAUGUGGGUGUAGAUUCAAAACUUGUCUUAAAAGGAAUCAUCUUGUUGAUUGUUGACAAAGCCCUUGAAGAGCCCAAGUACAGCCAGUUAUAUGCUCAACUCUGUCUACGCUUGGCUGAGGAUGCACCAAACUUUGAAGAACCAACAACAGAAAAUCCAACAACACAAAAGCAGAAUACUACCUUCAGAAGGCUUCUGAUUUCCAAGCUGCAAGAUGAGUUUGAGAACCGCACCAGAAAUGUUGAAAUCUUUGAUAAACAUGACGGCCCUCUCACUUCUGAGGAGGAGGAGCAACGUGCUAUUGCAAAGAUCAAGAUGCUGGGCAAUAUCAAAUUCAUCGGUGAACUUGGGAAACUCAACCUUAUCCACGAAUCUAUCCUUCAUAAGUGCAUCAAAACACUUUUGGAGAAAAAGAAGAGAGUCCAACUUAAGGAUAUGGGUGAAGAUUUGGAAUGCCUCUGUCAGAUAAUGAAAACAGUGGGGCCUAAACUUGAUCAUGACAAGGCUAAGUCUUUAAUUGAUCAGUACUUUGGCCGCAUGCGAUCCUUAACAAACAACAAGGAAUUGCCAGCGAGGAUUCGUUUCCUGCUGCAGAACAUGGUGGAGCUACGAGACAACAACUGGGUGCCUCGCAAGGCUUACGUUGACAACGGACCAAAGACGAUCAACCAAGUUCGUCAGGAUGCAGUAAAGGAUUUGGGCGUUUUUAUUCCACCUCCAACUGAUGGAAUGAGGAAUGACUUCUUCAUAGACAGCUCCUCCUUCCUGCCAACAAGAAUCAAGUUUGACAGGGAAACACUUGGUGGGCUGGCUGAUAUGUUUGGACAAAUGCCUGGAGGUGGUAUUGGUACAGGUCCAGGAGUCAUUCAGGACCACUAUUCCCCCACCAUGGGACGUCACCGUACAAACCCACUCUUCAAUGGUCAUAUUGGAAAUGGCAAUGGUUCACAUCAGCCUCAGUUUGAAGGAGGAAGCAAACCCUUCAUAAAACCAAACCAGGGGCAGAAUUCACCGGUUUUCAGCCAUAAACAGAAUCACUCAGGGCAGAUGCAGUCUAAGGAUAUGGCUUCACGAUUCAGCAAGAAAGGGAAACUCAAUGCUGAUGAGAUCAGUCUGAGGCCAGCACAGUCCUUCAUUUUGAAUAAAAAACAAGCGCCAAAGCUGCAGCCACAGAUGACUAUGAUUCCUCCAAGUGCCCAUGGUUCCCCAUUAGGACAGUCUCCACAACUUGGCCUGAAGACCAAUCCUCCUCCGAUUCAGGAAAAACCCGCAAAGUCCAAUAAAAAAGCUCCUCCUACAAAGGAAGAGUUGCACAAAAUGACAGAGGCAGUGGUGACAGACUACCUGAACAACAAGAACAUUGAUGAGGCAGUGAAUGCUGUGAGGGAGAUGAAGGCUCCCAAGUACUUUUUGUCUGAGAUGCUGAACAAGAUCGUGGUUCAUUCCCUCGAUCGUUCAGAUGAGGAUAAGGAACAUGCAAGCACCCUGAUCCAGGCACUCUGCACCGAGGGCCUUGUCACUGGUGAAAACCUAAUGCAGGCCUUUCUGAGUGUUCUGGACCAGUGUCCUAAGAUUGAGGAAGAAGUCCCACUGGUGAAGUCUUACCUGGCACAGUUUGCAGCACAUGCGAUCAUUGCAGACCUCGUCAGCCUUGCAGAUUUGGCCCAUCAGCUGGAGAAUGGUGCACAUUUCCCACUUUUCCUACUCUGCCUGCAGCAGAUGGUCAAAGUGAAGGACCGGGACUGGCUGACUGACUUGUUCCAGCAAAGCAAAGUCAACAUGCAGAAGAUGCUGCCUGAAAUUGACCAGAACAAGGACAGAAUGCUGGAGAUUCUGGAGGGCAAAGGUCUCAGCUUUCUGUUCCCACUGAUGAAACUGGAGAAGGAGCUGCUUAAGCAGAUCAAAGUGGAUCCCUCUCCACAGUCCAUCUACAAGUGGAUCAAGGACAACAUCUCCCCUAAACUCCACACUGACAAAGGCUUUGUCAACAUCCUCAUGACCAGUUUCUUGCAGUACAUUGCUUAUGAGAUCAACCCUGACGAUGAUGAGGAGCAGCUUGCAGCACCCAGUAAGGAACAGCUGGAUGAAGAGAAGCAGCUGCUACUGUCUUUCAAGCCAGUGAUGCAAAAGUUCCUACACGAUCACAUCGACCUACAAGUCGGUGCGCUGUAUGCCCUGCAGGUCCACUGUAACGCCAAGGGUUUCCCCAAAGGCAUGUUACUGCGCUACUUUGUAAACUUUUAUGACAUGGAAAUAAUUGAAGAAGAAGCCUUCCUUUCAUGGAAAGAAGAUGUCACCCAAGAGUAUCCAGGGAAAGGCAAAGCAUUAUUUCAGGUGAACCAGUGGCUGACCUGGCUGGAGACCGCAGAAGAGGAGGAGUCAGAGGAUGAAGAUUACUGAGGAACAGGCCAAAGCCAUGUGUUAUCAGGAUGAAAUGAAUGGUUGUUGUUUUUUUUUUUUUUUUUGGUUUUUUUUUUUUAAAACACUUUUGUAAUAUUUUUGUCUCCAUCUACCCUUCCCUGUCUCAACCUAACUCCUUCCAUCUCUUCUUGUUUAUAGAUAUUUUCCAACCACUUAAAAUUAAUUUCACUAUGAAAGGCUUUGCCAGAUCAAGCCAGCAUCACCACCAUCUUAUUGUAUUUAUGCUUGUCUUUCUAAUUUUCUAUCUUAUUGGAUGUCCUACAGCAGAUGUUUUAUACAUUUCAAUCACCUUGGGUUAUGUUUUCUCUAAUGGUAUGCGGUAUUUUACAGGAAAAUGUACCAGCACCAAAACCUGACCCAUUUUAUCACCUUACAUCUGCUAGGAGUCACCACGUGCUGUUGAAAGCAUUUACUUAAACUGUUUACAAAAGAGAAGAGCCUCUAACUGCAGAGACUUUGCUCAGUUUUACCUGCAUUUGUUAAUCAGAUUUUAAAUGCACUUUGCUCAACACCUUGAGUUGUUGCAAUAGUAAAAUACACUUUCCUUGAUUUGUUAUAUCAAUCCUGAGUUGUUGGCUCCCACGAAUAUAAUGGUUUUCCUGUGCUUGAAAGCAGACCGUUUUGUCUCAACAAUCACAAUCUUAAUCUGGAUUUGAUGAUUCUGUAACAAUAAUGGCCUGUUUAAUUUGCACAAUGUGAUUUCAGUUACCCACAUUUACUUAAAUAAAUCAA